CUCCCCCUCCCCCAACACAUGCCGACUCUCUUCCAGCACUGAAUUCUUCACAAACUGAAGUGAAGGACAGACAGCAGGAAAAAUGGUGGACUGAAAAACCCAAAUUAUGGCUGAAAAUGAAAUUGUGGUGAAUAUUUUCCCAGGAAAAACUAUUCUCUGGACUCUUCUUUUCCUGUUUUGCUGUUUACUGUGUGCAGCUGGAGACGAGACGGUCACACUGCAGGAAGUGGAAGGAACCACUAUAACUCUCCAUACUGGGAUAACUGGAAUUCAGAGUGAUGCUCAGAUCCUGUGGCUUUAUGGACCUGAGAAAGCAGAGGAAAAGACACUGAUCAGUCAAGUGUUUAAAGGAGAAACCGUUACAGAAAUCAGUGAGAGAUUUAAAGAGCGACUGCAGCUGGACAGAAUCAGUGGAGCUUUAACCAUCAGGAACAUCAGCAGAAACCUUUCUGGAGUUUAUUUAUUACACGUUCUUACUGGACGUCUCUCAUCCAGGACUUUCAGUGUCAGUGUUUAUGCUCCAGUAUCAGCUCCAGUAAUAAAUCAAAGAGGAAACCGAAGCUUGUCUUCUACAGAGCCGUGUUUCCUCCUGUGCUCUGUGGAGAAUGGAGAAGAUGUGAAGUUAUCCUGGUACAGAGAGAAUGAGAGAAUCAACAUCACCAAUAACACAGAUCUCAGUGUUCCCCUCAAUCUCACACUUCAGAUACAACACCCAGAGAAUAACAGGAACUCUUAUAUCUGUGUGUCUGCAAACCCUGUCAGCAAUAAAACAACUUCUCUCAACAUCGCACAGCUCUGUUAUAACUCAGGUUUACCGUCCAAACGAGAUCACAUGGGAUUACCUUUCACAGAACAAACUGAUCGUUCCCGUUCACUGCUUCCUGCCCUGAUAUCUGUUGGACUUCUGGGGUUAUUAAUCAUAAUAUUAGCAUUUGUGUGGAUUUUGCUGAAAAAUAAAAAGCAAAAAGUGUCUGAAACUGAGGAACUGACUUACGCUGAUGUGAAAAUUUCAGCUCACAGUGCAGAGAGAGUUAAAAAGGAAGAAAACUCGAGAAUAACGCCUGUUGAAGCAGAGCCUGACUCAGUGGUGUAUUCACAUGUGAAGUGAUCCAUAUAAUUCAUCACAUCACAAUAUCCUUUUAAUUAUUUUAACGAGUUGUGCUGAGAAAUCCUGCAGGGUUGGGGCAUGUCUUCAGGCAUCAGUGUUUAAUAUUAGUGUAAUAUUUGCAUGCUGUCAUUAUAUAAUCAUGACCAGCUAAAAACCAAGUGUCAGAAAGGCAAGCUCAUCAGAAAAUGUUUCAGGGUAUUUACUGGAACACAUCAGGGUUUUUAAAUGAAUCAUCAGCUUCAGUUUCCCAGCUGCCUUUCAGUGUUUAAGCUUCUCGGGUUACAGCCGUAUUGUCCAGAUCAGAUCAGAUACAGAGCUCUGUGUUAGAGGAACCCAGAAUUCUCAUCAGCUCCGUCUCCUCACACUGAUAUGUUUGUCUCUGUCCACACGUGAUAUUUUAUAGUGAUUUUAGUUUGUGGUUUCAUUCAUUGAUCACAGACAGAAACCUGAGCUCAGGAUUGAACCAGGCGUCAAAGCUACCUGCUGUACCACUGUCCUGCUCUCUACUGGAUCUUACCUGUACAUUUACAGAGUGAAUGCACACUGGUGUCUGUUUAAUGCAAUGAAAAUAUGAGACAGUUUAAUGCUCUGACCAGCAAAACCAGUAGAACAGGAAUACUGAACAACAUAACACCAGACUGUUAAAGCUCCUGACAGAGAGACGGAUCCAGAAGAUAGUGUUACAGAUAUUAGUGGUGUUUAUUUGCUCAUCAGUUUAACACACGUACUGUUAGUUCCUGAAAAACCUGAUGGUCUGAUCAUCUUCCUGGAUCACUGAUUGUUCUGGCUUUAUGUUUGUAGCUCAAACAAACAACUUUUAUAACCGGAAGAGACCGAAGCUGCAGAGAGCUUGUAUUAUCAGUCAGAGAGAAUGCAGUGUUUGCAGUUUCUCCUGCAAUAUAAAUGGAAACAUGUAAAUUCCUGCUUUUGUGAUUUUUUUUUUUUCCCCCUUUAUGGCCUUUUAAAAGGUUUUGCUUCUGCCCAGUUUGGGAUUGAAUCAUUAAAUUAAACAUCCGGUUAGAAACCUGAUGAUGCUAAAGCAGUCAGGCUGUAAAGUUCUUCUCAGUAAACGGCAAUAAGUCCAUUAUUGCUUCUUUCACACACAGCAGGCGUGAUCAGGCCCGAGGCUUGCUCAUUUUAGCCCACAGAGAUCUUUCCUUCUCUGUUUUUAAUGGGCGUUGAUCUUGAGUUAAAUUAUAAGUGACGUCAUUACGCAACAUGUCAACAAUCUCAGUAAAUAACAUAACACUGCCCCCUGCUGUUCAUUUGCAGUACUGUGCAAAAGAUGUAAACAUUUCCUUAUUUAUAGACACCAAUAUUCUUAGCUGUUUGUUUGAUGUUUUUGGUAUUAAAUGUGAGUAAAAAGAGAACCACCACAUUUCCAAAGUUUCAUUUGUCAAAAAACAUUAAAUGUUAGAGAAAACAAUGAAAUGUGUAAGUGGCCAGUAAUGGAGCGCAUUGCAGAUAAACCCAUAAUGGAGGCUGUUCUGGUUUUGGAAACAGCAGCAGAGUGAGAACCACCGUGUCCAGAAGAACUGUGUGAGGUUCUCCAAGAUGCAGGAAAAAAAUAAGAUAAUAACUUCACAGCUGAUUUUUGUAUAAAACUACAACAGUGAACCUGAGGCUUAAAUAGUGAUUUAGUUCAGUUGUGUUUAGUGUAAAUGAGUUAAUUUAUUGGUCCAUAUGUCAAACCUUUUCAUUAAUUUUGAGGAUUUUUGCACAGAACUGCACAAACUAUUAUUGUAGUAUUUCAGUGAAAACUGCCAAAUUAGAAACCACAAGACUGAUCAUUUCAAACAUGGAGCCCAUGUUAGUGUCAUCUGGAGAAGUGUUUCUUUCAUAUAAAUUAUUUUUUAAAAACAAACUAUAAGCCAAUAAUCAUCCAGAGCUUUUAAUAUUAUUUAGUUUACUUUUGACUAUUAACUAAAAAGGAGAAGCACAAAUAAUAAUUUAAAAAAAGAUAUUGUAAUAUUUACUAGUUUGAUGUUCCUAUCACAGUCAUGUGUUUCCCCCAGUGUAUAAUUAUCUGUAAAUUGACAUUGUUUGAAACACAAAAUAAUCUCAGUAAAUAAUAAACAAUUCAGCCAGUAAAAGCAGACUUUGCCUCCAUAAAACUCAGGCUCUCUGUCCUGUCUCUCUGUCACACACUAACUAUCAUCAUCCACAGUGUCUUUACAAAUCAUGGAGGAAUUUUACACUAAACACAGUGUUUAUAUUAUUACUGAAGCCAAAAUUAUUUUCCCUUGUUAUCUAUAUUGAUAAAACUGUAAUGUAACAACAUGUUAAAACUCAACCUCCACUUUAGCUUUAUAAUAUUGAUUAUAAUCAGGUAUUACACAUUUAUAUUACUAUCAGUAUUUUCCAUUUCAUCCCUGUGCACUUAAAUAAAGCAUUAAACAUUUUACAGAAGGUGAAUAAUGUGAUUUGCUCUGAGAAGAGAAAGUUGAGAAACAGUUUCUCCUACCGUAAAGAUCUCAGUAACUCCUCCAGGUCAGACGACGGUCCUUUUAAAAAUCUCCAUGUGAGGACACUGAUGUUUAAAUGGUCAACAAUUAACAUUGUUCUGUAGCAGAAAAUCAGGUUCCAGGAAUGUUUAAAGUGGUUUAUCAACAUGACUUUAAUUCUUUUGCUAUACUGAGAGAACGCUGUAACCUUCACGAGCCACCACCUGCGUUCUUUAAAAUGGCGGACACGAAAGAAGCGAAGGGCUUUCAGUUCCCACCUCUACACAGGGCGGUGUGAAUACCGUGACGAAGACGUGACGCUGACGCUUUCUAGCUCAUUUACAUGUUGGAGUCCAGAUCCUUUCGACAUUAACAAUGGAGAAUCAGAGUCUGACCUGUCUAGAAACUUCCAGCAGGAGAAUUAGUUCUCUUUCUGAGGCCUGAGUUUAAAACCAGGAAAAUGUUUCAUCACGUCAGACAGGAAAAAAUCUGGACAAAAACAAAUCAAUUUAAUGGACUUGUUUCAGUUCCUAAUAUUCUGACUCUAAAGAUGGAAUUUCACAUUAAAAAGUUCCACAGCUGUUUAUUUUAUUAAAAACAAACAAACUACAUGCAGUGUGAUGGAGAGCCGUGAUCUCAGAACACAUGAGGAAAAGGUCGCUGGCCUGCUGAUUUUCUUGAAAUUUGCUUACUGGAUCACGUGAUUCAGGAUAAAACAAUGGACUAUUCACUUCUCCUUCCUCACGUUUAACAUCUUCAUAAUGGAGGGAGUUUUGUAUGAUUUACACAGUCCCCUCAGAAAGUACUGAACAGCGAGGCCAAUUCUUUUGUUUUUGCUUUCACUGAAGUAAUUUGGAUUUGAUGUCAGAAUAUGAAGAUGAGCCGAAAGAUCAGAAUUUCAGUUUUCAUUUCCUGAUUUUUACAUCUAGAUGUGUUCAACAACUUAGGAACUUGUUUAAUACCAAAAGGUGCCAUGUUUGGUGGUUGUUUAUUUUGAGGGGUUUCUCCCUUCAGUCUCCUUUUCAGGAGCUGAAGUGCUGUUCGACUGGGUGAAAGCCUGGUGAUGGACUUGUCCAGUCUAAAACCUUCCGCUUAUUUCCCCUGAUGAAGCCCUGUGUUGUCUUGCAGUGUGUUUUGGGUCAUUGAUGAGUUCCAUCAUCAAUAAUGAUUCGUGAGUUCAUUCUAGAAGCUGCCAUGCAAACCCAAGCCAUGACUCUACCUCCACCAUGCUUCACCCAUGAGCUCCAUGUUUUGGAUCAUGAGCAGAUCCUUUCUUUCUCCACAGUUUAGGCUUUACAUCACUUUGGUAGAGGUUCAUCUUGAACCCAGCCACUGUGGUUGCACAAGUCAGUGCGUUCUUAGUGCUGGUCCCAAGCCCAGAUAGAUUGGGGAGGGUUGCAUCAGGAAGGGCAUCCGGUGUAAAAACCUAUGCCAAAUCAAAUAUGCAAAUCAUGAUGAUCCACUGUGGCGACCCCGAAUAGGAGCAUCCAAAAUAAGAAGUAGAAGAAGAAGAUUGAGAAUGUUUGUCAUUCAUUGCUGGUGUUUUCUUUGGCCUGACCUGUUCGAUAUCUGGUUGUUAUUACACCAGUGGUUGGUUUCUUUUUCAGGACAUCCCAGAUUUGUUGUAUUGACUAUCUCCAAUGCUUGUGUAAUGGCUCUGAUCGAGUUUCCCACUUUUCUCAGCCUCAGUAUGGCUUGCUUUCCUCCCAUAGACAGCUCUCUGGUCUUCAUGUUGGUUUAUCCUUUUAAACAACAAACACAGUCGUCACAGGUGAAACCCAGGGCUUAAACCAAAAGUAUAAAUUCAGAGCUUCAGUAUUGAUUGCAUAAACAAUCAGUUGAACAGGACACACCUGGUGUCAGGCAUAUGUUCCAAUAUUUUUGAUCAUCUUGAAAAUGGGUAGGUUCAAACCAAACAUGCUGUUUUCUAAGUUGUUUAAUGCAUUGUGUUAAUCUUAUUUAAGUUGUUUAAAUCUUUAAACAUCUUUCAAAUAUAUUCCUCUUUUAUUGCCUGAUAUCCCAAAAGAUAUUUUUAUCAGUUUACUGACUUCCAAAAAUGCAGCAAAGGCAUUGUUUUUGGAAAAAAAGAAGCAGUGAAUACUUCUUUCUUCUGUUUUGAGAAUUAUUUAAGCUCAUUAAUUACACAGUGAUAUUUUAUGCUAGAUUAUGAACUCCACAGAAAAGAGUAAAGAGAGAUUGGUGGGGGAACGACUGUUUAUAGCUGCAAUAACAUCAGUGACAACUCGCUUCUAAAAGAUUAAAUGUGACUGUAAAUGGAUAAAACGUAUGAUGUUCUUUAAUAAAUAAAGAUUUGUAAUCAUU